AUGGAAUUACAUCCAUAUAGACGAUAUUGCAUUAUACAAUUUAUUCUUUUAUUAGAUCUAAAUUACAUUUCCGAACGUCUUUUAGUCGUUUUGUCCAAUAAUGAUCUGGAUCAUGUCAAUUGGUCUCAUAUUCUUCAAUUGAUAUCUGUUAUGAUUACAUGUAUUAAAGGAGGCGUGUCCACUGUUAAAUUUAUAAUUCAUCAACUUCUAUUGUCAUUAUUCAAUUCAAAUAUGAAUUAUAUCAACAAUGAUAAUGUUGAUUUAGAUUGUUUACAUUUAUUAGAUGAUGUAUUUAUUCAUAAAAGUCAAUUGGAUGUUUUAAAAUCAAAUAAACAUGAUAAACAAUUAUUGAUAGGAGUUUUAUUAAUUGCACGUCAAUUAUGCUCAGAAGAUAAUCGAAUGACUGGUAUAAAUUAUAAACAAUGGUGGAUGGAAACAUUUUGUAAUCCAUUACUAUCAACACAUAAUAAUACACAGAAUGUACUUUCAUCACGUUGUGCUGUAGUUUAUUUUUGUGAUUUACUCAUUGAACUAUUACCUUGGGAAACCGAUCCAAAAUUUCUACAAAUUCAAGUCAACACUCGACCUAAUUGGUUUAAUCUUGUAAAAAGAUCAAUGAAUAAUAAUCGAAUCAAAAUUCAUACUGAUAAAAUUCGUGUAAAACCGACUGAAUUAAUUGUGUCAUUCAAUGAAGAUGAGUUAAUAAUCCCGAUUGAUUUGGAAUGUACAAAUAUGAUAACUGAUAGUAAUAAUCAUAAUCAUAAUACCUACAUAGAAUCUUGUAUAAAUCGAUGGAAUGAUUAUUGUGAAAUUGCACAAGGACGGUUAGCUGAAUUAAGGGAACACUGUUGUGCAACAAAAAUGGUCACAACGGAUAAAAAAAUCUCUGAUUGUUCAGAUGCUUAUACUACUCCAGGAUGGAGUGAUGUUCUAAAUUGGCUAAAUGAAAUCGCGACACAACAUACUGUUGAUUAUUGUAGUGGUGAUAUUUCUAAAUGUCGAUUACCGUCCGAAUGGAAUGAAGUAAAUCUGUUUCGUCCACGUUGGCUUCGAUCUACACUGAUUCCAGCUUUAUUAAAUGCACCUGAAAUAGAACAUUUAUCAGCCGAGUUAAAAUUUGCACGUGAACAAUUAUUACAGGGGAUACGGUCAGCUGGUUUAUCACAUUUAUUGAAUCAUACAGAAGAGAAAACCUCUACCACAAAGACGACUACGAAAGCAACAACAACAGCGAAGAGAAAGAAGAAACGACCAACGUGUACUCCAUAACGAUCUUCAACAUCUAAACAAUACAGAAUUUCUACUUAAAGCGAAUUCUACAAUGAAAGAAAUAAAAAUUAAUAGCCG